AUGGGAGCGACAAGGAAGCUUCAAGGAGAAAUUGACCGGGUGCUUAAGAAGGUUCAAGAAGGGGUAGAAAUCUUCGACGGCAUAUGGAAUAAGGUGUACGACACGGAGAACCUGAACCAGAAGGAGAAGUUCGAGGCGGACUUGAAGAAAGAGAUCAAGAAGCUGCAGCGGUACCGUGACCAGAUCAAGACAUGGAUCCAGUCCAGCGAAAUCAAGGACAAAAAGGCGUUGCUGGAUGCGCGGAAGCUGAUAGAGCGGGAGAUGGAGCGGUUCAAAGUGUGCGAGAAAGAGACCAAAACGAAGGCCUUCAGUAAAGAGGGGCUUGGUCAACAGCCAAAGACGGACCCGAGGGAAAAGGCCAAGUCGGAGUCUCGUGACUGGUUGAAUCAGAUGGUGAGCGAGUUGGAGUCGCAGAUUGACGGGUUUGAGAGCGAGAUGGAGGGGCUGCAAGUCAAGCGGGGCAAGCAACGCCCGCCACGCCUGAUGCAUCUGGAGGAAUCAAUCACGCGGCACAAGGCGCACAUCACGCGCCUGGAGAUGAUUCUACGGCUUAUGGACAACGAUGAGCUGAGCCCCGAACAGGUCACGGACGUCAAAGACCUCGUAGAGGACUACGUUGAGAGGAACCAGGACGACUUUGAGGAGUUCUGUGAGCCGGACGAUCUGUACGAGUCGCUGCCGCUGGAGAAGAUGGAUGCACUCGAGUCGCUGGAGUCCGUGCCCAUCGUGCCGCAGGCCAUUGUGGUCAAGGAGAAGGCUGCUGUCGCUGCUGCCUCGGGCCUCGCCCUGCCCAAGUCUAUUCUCACCGCCUCCUCCCUGCCGAAAUCGGGACCAUCAGGAACACUCGCGCACCCCUCACCCCCAUCCGCUCGGCAGGAGGUCCGGCAGCCAGUGCAGCUUCGGCUUCAGCAGCUGCAAAUGAUGUCCACUGGCCUAGCUCCGGGCGGCCUCGUUCGUCCGUUUGGAGCCGCAGCAGGUGGGGCACCAGGUGCCUCGUCAGGUGCUGCUGAUGCCACAGCCGCAGCAACGGCUACACCAGGCUCGUCCAUCCUUUCAUCCGGCCUUCCCGGAGCAGCAGGCUCGGCGGCAGGCCUCGGAGUCGGUUCGGUGGGAGGCUUGGCGCCGCCAGGUUCGGCAGGCACAGGAAUGAUGAUGCCAGGCGUAGGCGGCGUGGGAGGGGUGGGACAGGGAGGGGUGGGAGCAGGGCUGGGAGCAGCAGCAGCGAAUGUGCUGAGCGCCCAGCAGAGGAUGUUCAAUGCGGUGGGGGCACAGUGGAGACCGGGCCUUCCCAGUUCAGCGGCUUUCCAGCAGCUGCAGGGAGGCGUGGCUGCUGCUGAUGGCUCUGGCGGGCUGUCUGCUCUCCCUGCUGGGGUGCGCUUCCCUCCUGGGUUUCAACGCACUGAAAUUGCGCCGGACCAGAAGCAGAGGUACAUCACCCGGUUUCAACAGGUGCAGCAGCAGGGGGUCACCGCUGCUGUCAUGGCUGCCGCUGCUGCCGCCGCCGCUGCUGGCGCAGGCUCGGCAGCAGGUUCGGGAGCAUCCCUUGCUGGUUCGACGUCGGCAGGGAACUUGGCAUCUCCGUUGCUGGCCAUGCAGCAACAUUCUGUGGUAUGA